AUGCACAAACACUAUACAUACACUUCAUCUAAUGAGCCGUCCUGGCCUAGGACGAAGGCGGAGAUGGAAAGGAUGUACCCCGUCUCCGUGACAAGAACUCCCCAGGACUUUGUUGGUAAGCGAAAUCGCGCAUCGACCAUCCAUACACCACAGGGAACCGCAGCAGAAGAAAAUGACGCCUCAUGUUGCAGUGGGGAGAGAUCGUCAAACGUAGAUCGUCGUAAUGUUCUGGCUCUGAACCAUGACGUAGAUGCAUAUUCGUGCGACACGCCAGUCGGGCAAGAGACGAUAUAUCUCUCCAGGAGGGCACUGCACGCGCUGCAUGGAAAAACAAUCAAAAGUGACAGCUCAAAAAGGGUAGAUAUGGUAAACUAG